AACCAGCGCGCGUGCGCAGAGUUGCGUCACAUCCGCCGCCUGGGUGCCCAAUUCCGGAAGGUGCCGCACAGUUGUGGCGGCGGGUACUGCGUUAGUGAUUAGGGUUUCGUCGCUGCCAGAGGUGGGAUAUACGGCAGCAUCAUGGUCGAGGAGGUACAGAAACAUUCUGUACACACACUUGUGUUCAGGUCGUUGAAGAGGACCCAUGACAUGUUUGUAGCUGAUAAUGGAAAACCUGUGCCUUUAGAUGAAGAGAGUCACAAACGAAAAAUGGCAAUCAAGCUUCGUAAUGAGUAUGGUCCUGUGUUGCAUAUGCCUACUUCAAAAGAAAACCUUAAAGAGAAGGGUCCUCAGAAUGCAACAGAUUCAUAUGGUCAUAAACAGUACCCUGCCAAUCAAGGACAAGAAGUUGAAUACUUUGUGGCAGGUACACAUCCAUACCCACCAGGACCUGGGGUCGCUUUGACAGCAGAUACUAAGAUCCAGAGAAUGCCAAGUGAAUCAGCUGCACAGUCCUUAGCGGUGGCAUUACCUUCUCAGGCCAAGGCUGAUGCAAAUCGUACUGCACCUAGUGGAAGUGAAUACCGACAUCCUGGGGCUGCUGACCGUCCACAGCCUACAACGAUGAAUUCAAUUGUCAUGGAGACUGGCAAUACCAAGAAUUCUGCACUGAUAGCUAAAAAAGCUCCUACAAUGCCAAAACCCCAGUGGCAUCCGCCGUGGAAACUCUACAGGGUUAUCAGUGGGCAUCUUGGCUGGGUUCGAUGUAUUGCUGUGGAACCUGGAAAUCAGUGGUUUGUUACUGGAUCUGCUGACAGAACUAUAAAGAUAUGGGACUUGGCUAGUGGCAAAUUAAAACUGUCAUUGACUGGGCAUAUUAGUACUGUGAGGGGCGUGAUUGUAAGCACAAGAAGCCCAUACCUAUUCUCUUGUGGAGAAGACAAACAAGUAAAAUGCUGGGAUCUUGAAUACAAUAAGGUUAUAAGGCAUUAUCAUGGACAUCUAAGUGCAGUGUAUGGUUUGGAUUUGCACCCAACAAUUGAUGUGUUGGUAACCUGUAGUCGAGAUUCAACUGCACGGAUUUGGGAUGUGAGAACUAAAGCCAGCGUACACACAUUAUCUGGACAUACAAAUGCAGUUGCUACAGUGAGAUGUCAGGCUGCAGAACCACAAAUUAUUACAGGAAGCCAUGAUACUACAAUUCGAUUAUGGGAUCUGGUGGCUGGAAAAACAAGAGUGACUUUAACAAAUCACAAAAAAUCAGUUAGGGCUGUAGUUUUACAUCCAAGACAUUACACAUUUGCAUCUGGUUCUCCAGAUAACAUAAAGCAGUGGAAAUUCCCUGAUGGAAGUUUCAUUCAAAAUCUUUCUGGUCAUAAUGCUAUUAUUAACACGUUGACAGUAAAUUCUGAUGGAGUACUUGUAUCUGGAGCUGACAAUGGCACCAUGCAUCUUUGGGAUUGGAGAACUGGCUACAAUUUUCAGAGAGUUCAUGCAGCUGUGCAACCUGGGUCUUUGGACAGUGAAUCAGGAAUAUUUGCUUGUGCUUUUGAUCAGUCUGAAAGUAGAUUGCUAACAGCUGAAGCUGAUAAAACUAUUAAGGUAUACCGAGAGGAUGACACAGCCACAGAAGAAACUCAUCCAGUCAGCUGGAAACCAGAAAUUAUCAAGAGAAAGAGAUUUUAAUGAAUGUGGAAUUUUCUUUUUUUUUUUUUUUUUUUUUAAACAUGGCGUUGAUGAAGAUAUCCAGUCAUUUUGUGCUCUGGCUGGGAGUAUAAAGCAGAAAUUCACUUGCUUCAAUCAUUGCUGCUUCAUAUUUUACAAUAAACUGUCCCCUGUCCCCUA